AAUGUUCUAGAUUCUUACUUGAGUUGAAUUUUGAAUGCUGCAUUUGUAGAAAUGCAAAUUUGUGUACAAGUCAGAACCGGUGUAAAUUAAAUUGACCCGGUUGCCGCCAGAUUUAAUUCGCUGAGAGUACUGUACCGGAUUUGGUUCUCUUCCGGUUUAUUCCAAAUAAUAGUUCGGUAACAGCUUUGAUUGGUUCGUUUCUUCAGAGUCUGGUUUGGGACUUGGGAGGGAAGAAGAUCUCGUUCCCUCUAAGCCAUGAAUCGUCGUAAUCGUGGCUCUUCUUCUUCUUCUUCUAGGGUUUCGAAUACUUAUGGGAACCGCCAGUUCUCUGAUAACCCGAGGACUGGAUCCGGCGGCGGAGUUAAUGAAUCCUUUCAGAGAAGAUCCGAUGCACCGCACAAACGAAACAAUGAAAAAGACGAAUCAAAACAUAAAGACGAAGAUCCUGCUGACGUUUCAUUGAUUGUAGGAACUUGUUCUUCUAUGUGCCCAGUUCUUAGGUCAAUUAGGUACUUUCCCUUCAUCAAUUCAUGAUCCUUCCGUGCAUCGGCAAGAGGGAAAGAGUCACAAGAGAACGCCUGCGUGAUCUUGCAGUGUUUGAGAGGCUUUAUGGAAACCCCUCAAAAUCAUCCACAGAGAUAGCUGUCAAAAAGUUUUGCAGAACCCUUUCAGCGGCGGAUGUUCAGGCAUCGGAUGUAAGACCGCUCCCAGUUUUAGAAGAAACCCUGAGAUACCUUCUAAGUUUGCUCGACUCCAAGGAGCACCCGUUUGAAGUGGUUCAUGAUUUUAUUUUCGAUAGGACAAGGUCUAUUAGACAAGAUCUUAGCAUCCAGAAUUUGGCCAAUGAGAGAGUGAUCUACCUUUAUGAGGAAAUGGUAAAAUUUCAUGUCAUAUCUCACGAGAGGCUUCAAAGUUGUAGUGGUACAAGUAUUAGCUCAAUGCAUCACUUGAACAUGGAGCAGCUAGCAAAAACUCUUACCUCUUUGUAUAAUAUAUAUGAUGCAAAUAGAAAACCGGACUAUAUCUACGAAAAUGAAGCCGAGUUCCGCUCACUCUAUGUGCUGCUUCAUCUCAAUCCUAGUAGUGGAGUGAUGGGGGAACCGCUGUCUUUAUGGUUUCGCAAGUUGACUUUUGCUUUGGUAAAAUCCAAGGAAAUAUGUUUUGUACGAAACCUUUUAAGAUUAUAUCGGAUGGGCAAUUACAAGAACUUCUUAAGUAGAACAGCUUCUGAGGCGACAUACUUGCAGUAUUGCAUAAGUGAACAUCAUAUUAGAGAGAUGCGAUUAGUGGCUGUCCAAUACAUAAACAAUGUUUGCUACAAGCUUCAACCCUAUCCUCUCUUGCGGUUAUCUCAGAACCUGAAGAUGAAGGAGUUGGAUGUUGAAUCUUUAUGCCAUGAGUGUGGUCUUGAGACAUGUACUGAUCCUGAUGGGUUCACUGUUUUACCCGUGAAGCAGUCAACCUUUCGUAGUCCAGAGGACAAGUUCAAAGUUUAUGAUUUGAUUGGAAUUGAACGGAUUAAGAUGUCGAUUUGAACCUCUUGCAUGUUGUAAUGCUUCAUACUCUCUUAUGAUAAGAAGAAAUUGAAUUUCUAAAA